AUGAAAGAUUUGGGUGCAGCAAAGAAAAUUCUUAGUAUGAAAAUUUUGAGAGAUAGAAAGGCUGGCAGAUUGUAUUUGAAUGAAGACAUUGAUUAUAUAUCUCGAGUUCUUUAUUGCAGUGCAUUUGGUUCACUUCUAUUUUUAAAGGGUUCUACUAAUGCUUGCUUCCAUUUUAGCAGAAAUACAGAUAGAGUCAUUAGGUAUGUAGAUUCAGAUUAUGCAGGGAAUUUUGAUAAGAGGAGAUCACUUACAGGGUAUGUGUUUACCCUUGGAGUAUAUUGUGAGAGCCAGGGUGCCAUUUUUAUAACUAAAGAUCAGAUGUUCCAUGAGAGGGCUAAGCACAUUGACAUGAGGUAUCAUUUUGUGAGUGAAGUGAUUGCUUGUGGUGAUAUUGUAGUGAAUAAGGUUGAUACCAAGGAUAAUCCUGCUGAUGUGAUGACAAAACUACUACCCAUUGCUAAGUUUGAGCAUUGGUUGAACUUAGUUUGUGUAGGCCAUGGAACGUAUAGCAACGUGUAUAAAGCUCGGCAUAAGUUCUCUGGUAAGGUGGUUGCCUUAAAGAAGGUUCGUUUCGAUACAUCAGAGCCUGAAAGUGUAAAAUUUAUGGCAAGAGAGAUCAUAAUGUUGAAGCACCUUGACCAUCCGAAUAUUAUUAAGCUUGAAGGAAUAGCCACAUCAAGAAUGCAGUACAGUCUUUAUCUAGUAUUUGAUUUUAUGCCAUCAGAUUUGGCUAAAGUCAUCUCACGAUCAGAGAGAAGGCUUACUGCACCUCAGGUCAAGUGUUAUAUGCAGCAGCUGCUCUCAGGUCUUCAGCAUUGCCACGAGAGGGAAAUUUUGCACCGGGACAUAAAAGGAUCUAAUUUGUUGAUUGAUAGGAAUGGGGUGCUCAAGAUUGCUGAUUUUGGGCUAGCUAAUUUUUACAAAAACAGAGCAAAACCUGCUCUCACGAGCCGAGUUGUCACAUUAUGGUAUAGAGCCCCAGAACUACUACUAGGCUCUACAGAUUAUGGGGUUGGCAUUGAUCUGUGGAGUGCAGGAUGCCUUUUAGCAGAGAUGUUUGAGGGACGACCAAUUAUGCCGGGCAGGAACGAGAUUGAACAGCUUCAUAAGAUAUUCAAGCUUUGUGGUUCGCCCCCCGAGCACUAUUGGAAAAAAUUGAAGCCACCAACAACAUUUCGCCCUCCACAGCAUUAUAAACCAUGUUUCAAGGAAACCUUUCCAGGUUUCCCCGACUCAGCAUUUGGUCUUUUGGGCAGACUUCUAGCUUUAGAUCCUGCACAUCGUGGCACUGCUGCUUCUGCUCUAGAAAAUGAGUUCUUUUGUACGAGUCCAUUGGCAUGUAAUCUCUCUGGUCUGCCUGUGAUAAGCACAACAGAGGAUGAGACUAUCCAGUCUAAUAAUAGAAGAAGAACUGGAAAAGCACAGCAACUAUCUAGCAAGAACCAUGGAGGUUAUAGAAGAAAGGUCUCGUUCCAUGAACAUAUCAGAGAAAUACAGACAUCUCAUAGCUUCCAAAGCCUAGACACGAUAAAUAGUACGAGUAGCACUUCCACGACCACCAAACAAAGCAGUCAAGAGACCCUGCCUCAUUCGCUUUCUCCAGUUUUUCAUUCUAUGCUUAACAUAUCUUCAAAAACCGAGGCACAUCCUAAUGCACUGAAAAACAUCAAGAACUAUCCUCUCCUACUGGCGUCUUUGACCGAGGCUGCCAACCACCUUGAAGAGAGUAAAUCAAAUCUUCAUCGCAGAUCCUUCUCCAACAUCGAUUUCAGAAAUCUUGAUCUGGAAAAGAUCUCAAGACUCUUCGGCCUAGAGGAUAAUUAAGCUGCAGGAGAAUAUUUCUGUUUCCCUUGGAUAUGCUAGGCAUGUCGCUAUUCUCUUAUCACUGAAUUGGUGGUACCUUGUUAAUUAUCUACAGAUUAUGUAAACAAGUUUCUGUCCUUUUUUAUGUGCAAAUGCUGGUUUGUACUAGUCUAAAUUUGGCUGGUUUUCCUAGAUUUACCAAAUGAUCAUAUUUAGCCAGGAAAUCACAAAUGUAUGUACAAAAAGCAAUUCAAAUCUAUCUAGUUUCAUAAUUCAUCAUCAUAUAUAUUACAUAUCCUCACAAGACCAACAAUUCAGGGAAACCAAAAACAGAAUACACUUAUCCUUGAACACCAGAAAUUUUCUAUGACAAACAACGCCACUUGAUUUGUUCCACGAGGACCAAAAGACUUGAUUUUUUAUCGGCCUAGCCCGACGAUGAAUCAUAGUAGUCAUCUCUGAAUUUGCUCUUAAUCCAUUUAAAACUAUUUCUUAACGACGAUUUCAGCUUACCCUCCAUGGCAUACAUAUUAUAGCUUGCCACCCUCUUCCUCCUCUCCAUCUCCGGAUUGUCCCUCGGGCCGUUGAAGCUAUACGAUUUAGAGCAAUCUCCAAAGUCGAAUCGAGCUUGAUCUGUGUGCAAAGACGAGUAACAGGGGAAUGUUUUGCUUCUCUCCAUGAUCAAAAACUCGCAGGUCUGAGAAAAAGAGAAUGGCUUAUUGAAAUUUAUAUACAAGGAUAACAUGGACCCGUGCCAUAGUAAUGUGUAUAUUAGUGCGGUUUGCACGCUCCAUGAAGUGACUUUGAUUUGAAGACCAAAGAUUUUUGGAAGAUUUGAG